AAUUACAAAUACAAAUUAGACCCAGCUUCUGGCUCCGUUUUCGCCGUCGUGUACGGCUUUGAGCACACUGUUCAAAGCUGCUACCUUAAGAGGAUUUAGCUGUCACGGAGAAACCUUGAACAAGUUUAAUUUAUCUUUAUGUGGCUGGAGGAAUCAAAAAGGUCAGUGAUGAUUUAGGGUUUGUUAGAUGAUAUUGUUGUUGAUUUCGCUUAGGUAAUCCUCUAAGUUUAGUUACUAUUGAUGGAGGUCUCAGAUUUGGGGUUGAUUACUGUGGAAAGACAUCAAUGUGAAGAUUGUUGUUCUAUGAUGAAGCUGGGUGACCCAUCUAUGAGCCUCAGUGAACUGAGCAUUCUUGUGACUGUUGAUGUUGAUACAAUUUGAUGCAGAGCCUGAGUUUUUUUGAGCAUUUGAUACAACAGCAAAACCAAAAGUCGUAACCACUGGGGAAGAUUGUUCAAAUCGAAGUUCUCUUUUUCCUUUUAGAUAAGUGUUGAAAUGGAAGGUAGAAAUCUCUUGUAAAGAAUGAUUGAGAUUAAGGUAUUAAGAGCUACAAUGGGCAAAUUUCCUUAUCAUGGGGUCCCUAGAAUAAUGAUCCUUGUGGUGUGAAGUAUUUGGUAAAGUUGAGAUAUUUUUCAUAUUGUCGUCACUAAUGAUGUAUUGGAGUUGGGUUAACCACCUAUACCAUGAUUGCUUCUAAACUCACUUUAGCCUUUGAGAUACUAUCUGAAAAUUAAUCUGGAUAUCAAAUUAAUCUAACCAUGAGAGAAGAGACAGUGUCUUGGAAGUACUUUAAACGAGAUGUUGUGCCGUUCGCUGCUAUGGUCGCAGUCGAGUGUACCACGGUUGGAUCGAGCACACUGUUCAAAGCUGCUACCUUAAGAGGAUUUAGCUUCUAUGUCUUUGUGCUCUACUCUUAUGUUGGUGCUACCCUUGUCCUUUUACUACUUUCCCUCAUCUUUGGAAGGUACUUUGGUCUGCUCGAUCAACUGCUGUUGCCCUGUUUCAAGAAUAUGAACUUACAUAUUUUACAUAUGCAGGUCAAGAAGUCUUCUCUCUUCUUCAAGAUUUUCUUACUUGCGCUUCUCGGGCUCACAUCGCGGGUAGCUGGUUGUAAAGGUAUAGAAUAUAGCUCCCCUACUCUUUCCUCUGCUAUCAGCAAUCUUACACCAGCUUUCACCUUCAUGCUUGCCGUCUUCUUCAGGAUGGAACAAGUAAUGUUGAGAAGCUCUGCAACUCAGGCUAAAAUCAUUGGCACAAUAGUAUCUAUAUCUGGUGCUCUGGUUAUUGUUCUGUAUAAAGGCCCAAAACUUCUUGUUGCUGCAUCGUUUACUUCAUUCGAGUCAAGUUGGAUAACUGGAGGCCUUUUGCUUGGUUUACAAUUUUUGCUUCUUUCAGUCUGGUUUAUUCUUCAGACUCAUAUCAUGGAGAUAUAUCCUGAAGAGAUAGUUGUAGUCUUCUUCUACAACUUAUGUGCAAUGCUCAUCUCAGCGACAAUAUGUCUUAUUGUAGAAAAAGACUUGAGUUCUUGGCAGCUUAAACCGGGUUUCGCCCUCGCUUCAGUCAUAUACUCAGGACUCUUUGAUACAUCUUUAGGCUCAGUUAUUCACACAUGGGGUCUGCAUGUGAAAGGUCCGGUCUACGUAUCCUUGUUCAAACCAUUUUCUAUUGCAAUUGCAGUCGCCAUGGCUGCUAUAUUCCUUGGCGAUGCUCUUCACCUUGGGAGUGUGAUUGGAUCAGUGAUACUAAGCUUUGGGUUUUACACUGUGAUUUGGGGCAAAGCAAGAGAAGAUGCAAUCAAAAGAGUAAGUGAUUCUGAGCAGUCACUCUUGUUGCCUACCCACAACACAGAUGAUGAAACCUUAUCAUGAACUUAAGUUGGACCCAUUAGAAGAUGAUCACUGUUUAUCUUGUAUAUAUAUAUCUGACUAGGGGGAUUAUCUAUUAAAGAUCUUGUAUGUUAUAUACCUUAUACAAAGUUUCUAACAUAGAAUACACUGAAAUCUGAAAAAUAUAGAUGAAUAUUAUUAUAGUACAA